GUGACCUGGGUGUCCUUGGCUCCUCUCGUUUGCUGGACAUGUGAAGCGAGCCGUCGACCGCCACAAUCAUGUCUUUCCCCUACAAAACUGGUGGAAAAGCGUUCGAAGCCUUGCAGAACCUGCCGCGCAUAUCCCUGGCCAACCUGCGGCCCGAGCCCGGGGCCAGGAAGCUCGAAAAACGUCGAGGCAGGGGCCAGCACGGCGGCAACCGCAGCGGCCGAGGACACAAAGGAGAGCGGCAGCGAGGCAACCGGCCUCGUCUCGGUUUCGAAGGCGGACAGACGCCCUUCUAUCUAGCCAUCCCCAAAUACGGCUACAAUGAAGGCCACAGCCGGCGUCCUCAGUACCAGCCGCUGUCCCUGCGACGCCUGCAGUACCUGAUCGACUUGGGCCGCGUGGACCCCGACCGGCCCAUCGACUUGACGCAGCUGGUCAACGGCCGCGGCGUCACCGUGCAGCCGCUCAAGAGAGACUACGGCGUGCAGCUGGUGGACGAGGGCGCUGACUUGUUCUCAGCCAAGGUGAACAUCGAGGUCCAGCGCGCGUCUGAGAAAGCCAUCGCCGCUGUGGAGAGGAACGGCGGCGCGGUGACCAGCGCCUUCUACGACCCCAUCAGCCUGGCCAUCCUCAUUAAACCCGUCCCGUUCUUCCAGCGCGGCCAGCCCAUCCCCAGGCGCGUGCUGCCUGGCGAGGACCUGCUGCCGUACUACGUGGAGCCUAACAACCGCGGCUACCUGGCGCACCCCGACGACAUCCAGCGGGCGCGCCUUGCCCUGGCGCAAAAGUACGGCUACACGCUACCGGACAUUUCAAAAGACGGACUGUACGCUAUGCUCGCCGCCCGCAAGGACACCCGGCAGAUCUUCUUCGGACUCGCUCCGGGCUGGAUCGUCAGUAUGGCCGAUAAGAAGAUCCUUAAGCCCUCAGAUGAGAAACUACUUAAGUACUACAGCUCCUAGUGGACAUUUUCUGUAGUAUUUAAGACUGUGGUUGGCAGUGAAUUUAUAGUAUAAUUUGAAAUAAAUUGUCGAUAAAAAAAAAAAAAAAGUGCAUACCUACAUAAGGGCACCAAUAAAACAAACAUACUCAACCAGUGGUUAUCAUGGAGUGUUAGAAUUACAUUAGUGGUGUACACGCUCCCUCUUCUUCACAUGGAAAUUCUGUUGAAUUGGUGUUAGGAUUAUGCAGAUAGCCCUUGGGGCGUGGGGGG